AAACAUGCAUUUCACUUUUAUCUCUUUAUACUUAUCGCACUCGAUUAUAGUCUCCUAAAACCCUAAAUUCUAUUUCUUCGCUCCUUACAUAUCAUCUCUCUACCUGCAGCCGCACAACACCUCCUUUGUCUUUUAAACUCUUCUUCUUCUUCCUCUCUUCACACCAGUUUUGCAGAGAUGGGCGAAGAAGUGAAGGCAGGGCCAGUGGUUCCAGAAUCAGUGUUGAAGAAGAGAAAGAGAGAGGAGCAAUGGGCUCUUGCCAAAAAGCAAGGCCUUGAAUCUGCAAAGAAGAAGAACUCCGAAAACCGCAAGUUGAUUUACAACCGGGCCAAGCAGUAUGCCAAGGAGUAUGAUGAACAGCAAAAGGAGUUGAUUAGUUUGAAGCGUGAGGCGAAGCUGAAGGGUGGAUUUUAUGUCAACCCAGAGGCCAAGCUGUUGUUCAUUGUCAGGAUUCGUGGAAUCAAUGCCAUUGACCCAAAAACUAAGAAGAUUUUGCAACUUCUGCGUUUGAGACAGAUAUUCAAUGGUGUCUUCUUGAAAGUAAACAAGGCCACAUUGAACAUGUUGCAUAGGGUUGAACCCUAUGUGACUUAUGGGUAUCCUAAUUUGAAGAGUGUCAAAGAACUAAUCUACAAGAGGGGUUAUGGGAAACUUAACAAACAGAGAACCGCUUUGACUGACAAUUCAAUUGUUGAACAGGCUUUGGGCAAGUUUGGAAUUAUCUGCGUGGAGGACCUCAUCCAUGAGAUUUUGACUGUUGGACCUCACUUCAAGGAGGCAAAUAACUUUCUCUGGCCAUUUAAGCUCAAGGCACCCCUGGGUGGUCUAAAGAAGAAGAGAAACCACUAUGUCGAAGGUGGUGAUGCUGGAAACCGUGAAGAUUACAUCAACGAGCUCAUCAGGAGGAUGAAUUAGGUUUAUGCAAGAUAUUGAUAUUUUUGUUUUCCAGAUUGAGGUGUUUACUUUCUUUUAUCUUGUCAAUCAACUUUAUCGGACUUUUAGUUCCCCUAUUUCAUUGUUAAAUUUAAGUCGUAUCUUUACAAAUGGUUUUCCUUGUCAGUCUUAUUGAUUUUCCUUUCCCUGAAAUGGUGUGGGAUGCAAAUUUCAAAGCACUGGAGUCUCCGUAUUAGUCAUUUGAAACAGUGAAAGCAUUUCAAUUGAUUA